AAGUCGGUCGCUUUUAUGCCACUUAACCAACCCUAGAAUCCAUUGUCCAGCCGUCUCGCUCGCUCCUCCUCUCAAAGCUUGAGCAGUCUACCGUGAAUCCCAAAGGAAGCACUAACAUCUUUUUAUGUACUCCACGCGUCUCAGUGUGCUUAGUAGGGCGACACUCGAUUGAGGGAGUAGAUGCAGUACUUUUGGAUUGUAAGGCGCGAGGCAAGCUCGACGCASCAUUUACGUGGUUGAGAAAACAGCUUUACAUUCAUCCAAGUCGCAGGGUCUCUCAUUCCAAAAUGGAAGUAUCACUGGAAGAAAACUUUCCGUUGCCAAAUCUCGGUGAUAUUGAUUUGUCUGAGCUUAGUUGUGAUGAAACGCCUUCGCCUACUUCAAGUUCGGAGUACUCGCCUUUGAGCUCACCGACUUCCCUGGAUAUUCAGCUGGACUCACCAAUGUCUACAGCUUCUAAUGCCUCAUCGCAAUCAACCAACGGGUCUACGGAUUCGCGGCCUCCAAAUAAGCAUUCCUCAUGCUUUAGUAAAAAGAACAGCAAGCACAGCGCCAAGUGCAACACACCGCAGUGCAUCAAAAAAGAGCAUGUUUCAAUACUACGCCGAAAUGAAAGAGAAAGGAAUCGAGUUAAGCUUGUCAGUGAUGGGUUCGCAACCUUAAGAAAGCAUGUUCCAACGACACCAAUGAACAAAAAGCUCUCCAAAGUAGAUACACUUCGUACUGCUAUUGAGUACAUCAGACACCUUCAGAAAGUGUUGAAUGAAAGCCAUAGAAUCGAGAGGGAGCGAAGAUUGAUGCGUCAAGUUGGAUGGUUCCAAGAAGCCUACAAAAUACAGGCUCACAGUGGRAUGAGCGUUCUUCAGCAGAACCAUAUCAACUCAUUACUCAUGGAACUACCAGAAAUUGUUCCUUACCCAGGUCCAGUCCAGGUUAGGACAAACCCAAUGGGAUUCAAUAAUUAUUACGGCUCGAUGRGCCUAAAUCAGUAGUUAUGAGAAUAACAUACAAGAAAUACUCUUCAUUGCCAUGGAAUGAAAAAUGUAGCUGUUAAAUAUGGCGCUGAAAAAUCAAUUCAAAUUUGGUGCAUUUUGCACUAUACAAAGACUUUCGAAAGAAAAUUCAUUAAUAAACCAGUAAAGUAGGAUUAAAAAGCUUAGAAACAUAAAAUCAAUAUCAAAAAAUCAUUUAUAGUUUAGUAACUUAGUGCACCCUUUUGUAUUUUUGGAAUAUAUAUAAUGUAAGCACAUUUUUAAUUUCUUUGAUAUCCCAUGCACUUAGGACUUAGAAAUUAGUUWUCAUUAUUCUUAAAAUUUAAUUAUUUGCACAUGAUAUGUUAGUGAGGUAAUUCACAAUUUAUGUCCGUUAAUGGACAACGUAAUCAUCGAUUUGAACAAAAUUAUUUGUAGUUUAAAAGAACGUUUUUGUCAAAAACCAAAACUUUUGUAAAGUGCUAAAAAUUACUUUCAACUUUUUUCAGUUGACCAUUCUAGUCAUAUAUAAGAUAUAUAAGWUACAAUUGCCCACGGUUUUUUUUAAUCAUUAUCCGGCUUUAGGAGUUUCAUUAAGCACUUGCACUUAAUUAUUUUUCAAGGAUUAGUUAUAGUUCUGUAAAAGGUCGCACUACCAUUUAUCGAAACAUGUAAUAAYUUUUACGUCUUUGAAGUUUUUCAUACUGAAAAACAAAGCCAUUUCAUUUGAAAUAUUCCAAAGUUUUUGAUUGGAUCACAUGGAAGGUGUUUAAAGUAUGCCAACAUAUUCUUUGAAUAGGUCAGUAUCUUUUACUGAUUAAAAAUACUUUUUAAAUUAAAUAAGUUUCAAUUCUUCCAAAAUUUCAUCGCCAUUUUGGUCGAUUUUCGAAGUUUAACUGUCAAGGGAUGCAAUAUUUUUGUAACUGAAUUAACUAUUACGUUUACAUUCUCAUUCACUCAGUAAGCCACCAAUUUACUYGGGCCUAGGAAGUGCAUUUGAAAAUACAAAACUUGUUUUCGCCACUUUACAAUGUGCCAACCCACGCACGAUGUUGCCAGCUCGAGAAAUUUCUACAAGAUCAGACUUUUGAAACCCUUCAUAAAGAUAUUACACAAUUGUCGAGGCUAAUACACAAUCAUUAUAUACAACUACUAGGUCAACUAAGCACGAAAUAAGAUGACCGCGUUCAUUUAUGUAAGCAAUUGGGCGUCUUUACGCUAAGGAAAUCAAUAGAAGGCGUAUCUAUCAUUAGCAUGUAAAGACAGCUGGACCUGGGAGUUAACCAGACCUGGUAAUAGACAAUCGUAUAUAGAUAAAUAACUCACACUAUAUUCUUAAAUUUGUACAUAAAAAGUAAUAGAGCARAUAAAUGAUUAUAUAUUUUUCUAGA